GUUGCCAGCAGUGAUAGGCGUGUCGUCACCUAUUUAGAGGAGGAACCAACUGAUAAGAGUGUAACGCAACACUGACAGAGCCUUAGGAAACACAAGCUCAUUGCUGGGAAAGACAGAUUUCCUGUGCUCAGCAUUAAGUGGAAUACAACAUUAUCUAUGCAAACUAGUGUCACACCAAGCAGGCAGGUUACAUGCAUGUAUGUGUGCACACAUGCAAAGACAGACAUUAACCUUUGACCUAAUGUCAGAGCCUCCCAAGUGCUGUAUCUGUCUGGAUGAGUUCACAAACCCGGCUUCCCUCCCCUGUGGACACUGCUUCUGUCUGGGCUGUAUAGGAGAAUACUGGAGGAUCCAUGGGGCCUGUCAGUGCCCCCUCUGCAUGGCUGUCUUCCCCACCAGGCCACAGCUCAAAACUGACCCAACAACACAGACUGAAGAUACAACUGUGCCUUUAAAAGCCGGAGAGGUUCCCUGUGAUUUCUGCCCGACAAAACGUCGUGCAGUCAAGUCCUGCCUGGUGUGCCUGGCCUCGUACUGCGACGCUCAUCUGGAGCCACAUUACCAAAGCGAAGCUCUUGGGCGCCAUCUUCUGAUCAGUGUGGUGAAGAACAUGGAGGACUCUGUGUGUAGAGUGCAUGGGAAGCAGUUGAACAGGUUCUGCAGGAGUGACCAAACAUGCAUUUGUGCUAUGUGUGCCCACACAGAACAUAGAGGCCAUCACAUUAUUCCCAUUAACAAAGAAGCUGCGAAGAAGAAGGUCAAACUAAAACGGAUAAGGAUCAAGCUUCAGCAGGCGAUUCAAGAGCGAGUGAGUAAAGUUGAGAAAAUCAAGCUCUCUGUAGACCGCAGUGGAGAAAAUCCAAAAGAGGCAUGGGCACAAAAUAAAGAGCUGGUCCAACAGCUGGAAGAAGAAAUAUCUGAGCUGCAGAGGAAAAACACUGAGUUGGAGCAGCUUUCACAGACUGAAGACAACCUCCACUUUCUACAGAGAUUUCUAUACACAGCUACAUCAUGAUUGGAUGAACAUCCUGAUGUCUCAUCUUCAAGAGCACUGGAACAAAGUUUAUUUAGAUUUUUUUCUUUUAUAAAAUGGUUAAUAAAAAUCCAUAGUUGGAUUUCCUUUUAAGUAAUAGGUUGACAUUUUGUAAAAUGCUCACUGUAUAUUAUCUAUUUAAAACAAUAAUUAUGUGUAAAUAAAAUAUUAAUGAUGCUUUGCACAGAUUUAAAGAAACUGUUCACCCCAAGAACAAAAUUGGUUUAAAUCCACUAAUUUUAUAAAAGUUGAUCCAGGGUAUGGCCAGUUGCUGACUGAGAAUAUAUUGUAUGAAUGUAAUUUAUACCUGUGUGGAUGAUGUAAUGUAUUUUAUGGACAGAGUGAGAUUAUAUGCAGUACAGUAUUUCAAAGUUGAAAUGUUUUUUGCUUUUUCCUUUUUCAUGGAAUAAAAAUGAGAAAAUGUCA